GCGAGAUCAGAGUCCCUCAGAUCGAAAAUCUGAAAAUGACUUGUGUCAGUGUGUUUGUGCUUUUGAUUCUGCAAGUGAGUGCGUUCUGGCCGCCUCCUUACGAAGUUAAAUUGGACGAUAGUGAGACGUUUGUUAUUUCGGAAUUUUCGGACGACCUUUUGGGCGAUGAAGAUGAAAUGAUUCCCGUGAAAGCGACUCAAAACGAUGAGAAAUAUUACAGGAUUCAUCAAAUCGCUCUCCGUCACAAUAAACGAGAAUUUAAUGAAAAGAAGCCUCGGAAUAUAACGAAAAUUAAAGAACACAAUUUCGAUUUAGACGAUGCUGUUCCGUGGCAAGGAGGAUUCGUUGAUAAAAAGGGCAACUUUAUUCAGCCGGAUAAUGAAAAUGUUUAUUACUUGAACGAAAUGGCCAAAAGUCUCAUCGACAGUAAAAUGGAGGAGAAACGAGAAAACGAAAAAGAUAAGGACGAGAAUUAUGAUUACAAUAAUUUCAAAGCCGAGUAUAACAAAGACGUGGCAGAAGCCAAAAAACAAAAAGACACCCUGAAUUACACAGAGGUCAAAGAGGACGAAACUGUAGGCGAGGCAAUUGGGACUGUGGUCGAUUUCAAAGAGGCAAAAAAUUGCACAGCUGAGGAAAAAAAGGGAAUCGGAGUGGCAGCAAUGAAAUGCAUCCUUCGAGACAUUAAAACCGCCAAAAGCAAAAACUCGAUCCUCAAUUUUUGCGAGAAAAUCCUCCGAAUUGCCUUGAUUUGGUUCUGUGUUUAUGCAAUUAUUGCGAUACCAUGCUGGUGCACACGAGGUUGGUGUUGUUGCUGCUGUUGUUGCAAAAUUUGCCGCCCGAGGGAAGUAAUCGACGAAGCAAAAUAUUUUUUCGCCAACAACCCUCCCGGCGUAUUUCACGAUAAAGACGGCGAAAAAUUCGAAUAUACGCCAACUGAUUACGAGAUUUAUACUCAGGACAAGUUGGAGCGCGCUAUUUUUAAUUUGUGAUCAUUGUUUUUUUCUUCACUUACCUCUAUCACCUGGUGGGCGCGUUCGAAGUUGUGCCGUUUGAGGCAGAUGUGGAUGAGGGACUCCGGAGGUGCGAGCAUGUAGUUGAGGAGUUGUUCUUGUAUUUUUGGGGUGUUUUUUGUGUUGAGGAUCAAGUCGAGACGCCACAAGGCGUCCGUUACGUAAAUCGAGAGAGUUGAGAGUCUUCGAUAGUGUUCGGAGUCGCGUUCGUAGACUUUUUUCAAUUUUAAUUCCUCUGUUACUGACUUUAGUAAAAACAAAACGAAGCGGA